AUGGCGGAGAAUAUGGCGCCUAAAAGUGGCCUGCCAACUGAGCGGUUCAACAUCUCCUACGGGGAAUGGGCGCGUGGUGGAUGGGGCAUGCUGCUUACAGGUAACGUCCAGGUCGACGCUGAUUACUUGGGGAAUGUGGGAGAGGCUUCUGUCGACCCGUCUCUUGAGCCCGAGCUCUCAAUGGCGUGGAAAGAGUGGGCAUCGGCGUGCAACAGCCAUGGAACGCCCACGCUCAUGCAGCUUAACCAUACAGGCAGACAGUCGCCUAUCAUGGCUGGGAAGCGAGGGUUGUGGACCAAAACCAUAGCUCCAAGUCCUAUUCCCCUGGACAUGGGCCCCUUUCUGCUAGCAAAGGCGCUUGUCCCACUCGUAUUUGGUACUCCCCGCGAGAUGAGCCAGGCUGAUAUCAACAAGGUGAUUGAGCAGUUCACCUAUGCGUCCCGUAAAGCGGCCGAGGCAGGGACUGACGAAUACGGGGGUUCGGCUGCAAACCGCGCGCGAAUAGUUGUGCAGACCUUGGAGUCGAUUAAACGGGCAGUCCCGGCGGGCUUUUGUGUUGGCAUCAAGUUCAAUUCUGUAGACCAACAAUCCACCGACGAGCUUCGCGAUUGCAUUGAACAGCUUAAACUCAUUGUUGCUACUAAUAUCGACUUUGUUGAGAUCAGCGGCGGAACAUGGGAAGACCCCAAGAUGAUGUCGAAUGUAGAUUACGAUAUGCGCAAGGCAAAAUCAGAACAUACCAAGGCACGGGAAGCUUUCUUCCUGGACUUUGCCAAAGCGAUUCGCAACGAAUUCCCCUCAAUACCGUUAAUGGUGACCGGUGGUUUCCGCACACGUUCAGGCAUGCGAAGCGCCGUUCAAAGCGGAGGCUGUGACUUGGUAGGCAUCGCUCGUCCCGCUGCGAUACUCCCUCAGUUACCCAACGAUAUCAUCUUCAACCAGAAGGUGAAUGAUGAAGACGCGGUAUUGCCUUGUAAACAUCUUGAAACCCCUCUGUUGGCCAAGGUCACAGGCAUAAAAGCAAUUGGCUCUGGCGCAGAGAGCAAAUGGUACGGCCUCCAAAUAUCAAAGAUGACUCGGAAUGUCUGA